AUUUUAUCCUUGUUCAAUUUGGUGAACAAAAAGGAUAAAAUGAUACACGGAGACACUCGAGUGAUGUUUUCGAACGCAGCCGCAGACUUUCUAGUAAUUUACUAAAACGGGAGCAAUUCAGCAAAAGCAUGCAUCGUGUGCCGUACUGUCGCUAGCUUUCAGAAGUCUUGGAGGAAGAUUUUGUAUCUCUUAUAACGUAAUCAAGAAGUUGAACAUUUAAUUCCCUUCAUCCAAGGGGUACUCCUAAAAAAAAGCUUUUAUACUUGCUGAUCGAGAAAGAGACAGAGAGAGGGAUAAUAUAUAUUGUUUUGUAAAGAACAAAAUAUAAAUUCGACAAAUAUGACAACACGAGAGAUCUUGACCAUUCAAUUGGGCCAUUAUUCGAAUUUUAUCGGCACGCAUUGGUGGAAUCUGCAGGAGUGUAACUUCACGUACGAUCCGAAAAAACCAUCCGAGAUAAAUCAUGAUGUACUAUACAAAGAAGGAGAAAACAUGCGAAAACAAGUUACGUUUACGCCAAGAUUACUGACAGCAGAUUUAAAGGGAGCGUUAGGCUACCUGAACGAACAAGGUUCUUUAUACGAUGCAGAAUCUUCAAAUGAUGAGCUGCUAUGGGAUAGCACAAAAUUGGAAAUUACGAAUGCCGAGCCUAGUCCUAGAUCACCUUUUGUUCAAAAUUUGAAUGAAUCUGAUAAAACCGUGGAUUCGGAAAUUUACAACUUCGAAAGCGACGUGAAGUCAUGGGUCGAUUAUCUUGUACCGCAAUUCCAUCCAAGAACAGUAACGGUUGUCAAACAGUACUCACACAAUUGUACGCAACGGCCAUUCAAUAUAUUUACGUAUGGCCGUGACUUAUGGCUUACGGAACAAUUCUCCGACAAUUUUGCGGACAGGAUACGAUUAUACGUAGAAGAGUGUGACUUAAUGCAAGGAAUUCAGGUGCUUAUGGAUUCUACGGAUGGCUUUGCUGGUCUUGGAGCGUCUUGCGUUCAGCACUUACGUGAUGAGUAUGGAAAGAGUAUCUUGGCAUUUCCAUGCCUGGACUUUAACGAUGCUGAGCCCAGUGCGUCGGACUUGGUUAAAGUUGUCAAUACAGCAUUAUGCUGGCAGCAUAUCGGAGAGAAUUCGUCGCUUUUUAGUCCGCUUUCCUGCGGUCAAGUCGGUUGGCCAUUCGCGGCCGAUUCACGUAAAUUCGAGAACAUAACGUACAGUCCAGAGCUGAGGUAUCACAGCAGCGCGAUAUUAGCGACUGCUUUAGACACAUUGAGCUUAAGAUACAGAACUAAGAAGUAUCCGGGCGCCAGCUUGUCCGAUUUGUGUGCCGAUCUGAACAAGCUGGGCCGCAAAGCCGCGGCAACCAGUCUGAGCCUGCCGUUUCCCAUGAAGAUGAAGAUGGAUUUGAUAGACGUGCUGGACGAAUUCGAAGGGUCUCUGUGGACGAGCUUGACACCGAGCUGCGACAUAUCGAUGGAUAAUAAUAUGCAGAGUAUAGCGUUACGGGGAAUUCCCGAGGACCGGAUAAAGCGACCCGUUCACGAAGCUAGCAAACAAAUGUCCAAACCGGCGUACAGAUGCUCCAGCGUACACGAAAUGAUGACGAUGUAUCUAGCGUGUACGUGUCACGCGUCGGCUACGUAUUUAUCCAACAUUGAGGCACCGCUGAAAAUCACUUUACCGUAUCCAAAGAUUUUCAAUAAUAAUGUAACCAAGGAUGGAAAUAUCGCCGGCUGGCCCGUAGGAACCGAUGUAAACUCGGUUGCGGUAAUGGCUGGAAUGCACAGUGGCAGUUAUGUCGCAACGAUGUACGAAUCUCUACUUAAGCAAACCAAAAGGAUAAGAAGUAUCAAAAAAUUUCAUGCCUUUACGGAUUCCGGACUCGAGGAAGACGAAUUUACGGAAUGUAUUCAUAAUUUAGUUGAUUGUAAAGAGGCGUAUGAAGAUUAUUACAUCUAAGGAAUUAUUAAAUUUAUGAAUGGGA